AUUAUUGGUCCUGUGCAGUGAUGAAGAAGAUAAGGGACGAAAGUUCUUCUCAGGAGACAUGCAUGGCCCCUGUCCAGUAAUGAAGAGGAUGCAUCAUGCAUGAUAGGCGAAACUUCUUCCGGCCAGCUGCCGUGCUCCCGAAUUCAAUGCCGAAGACGCGUGCAGGCGUAGCGUAAUUGCUCUAUCAUCCUAGCAUAAAAUGGCGAACUCGGCGCCUCGAUUCGUUCAUCUGGCAGCCAGCAGCCACCAUGUCCGCGCUGAGAGCACCUUGUGCGACGGCCAUCCUGGUCGCCGUCCUGGCGGCGGCCGCGGUGGAGCUGGCCAUGGCGCAGCAGUGCGGCUCGCAGGCCGGCGGCGCCAAGUGCGCCAACUGCAUGUGCUGCAGCCAGUUCGGGUUCUGCGGCAGCACCUCCGCCUACUGCGGCGGCGGCUGCCAGAGCCAGUGCAGCGGCUGCGGCGGCGCCGGCGGCGGGGUGGCGUCCAUCGUGUCCCGCGACCUCUUCGAGCGGUUCCUCCUCCAUCGCAACGACGCGGCGUGCCUGGCCCGCGGGUUCUACACCUACGACGCCUUCUUGGCCGCCGCCGGCGCGUUCCCGGCCUUCGGUACCACGGGGGACUUGGACACCCGGAAGCGGGAGGUGGCCGCCUUCUUCGGCCAGACUUCCCACGAGACCACCGGCGGCUGGCCUACCGCGCCCGACGGCCCCUUCUCGUGGGGCUACUGCUUCAAGCAGGAGCGGGGCUCGCCGCCGAGCUACUGCGACCAGAGCGCCGACUGGCCGUGCGCGCCCGGCAAGCAGUACUAUGGCCGCGGCCCCAUCCAGCUCACCCACAACUACAACUACGGACCGGCGGGGCGGGCGAUCGGGGUGGACCUGCUGAACAACCCGGACCUGGUGGCGUCGGACCCGACGGUGGCGUUCAAGACGGCGAUUUGGUUCUGGAUGACGACGCAGUCCAACAAGCCGUCGUGCCACGACGUGAUCACGGGGUUGUGGAGGCCGACGGCCAGGGACAGCGCGGCCGGACGGGUACCCGGAUACGGCGUGAUCACCAACGUCAUCAAUGGCGGGAUCGAAUGCGGCAAGGGGCAGAACGACAAGGUGGCCGACCGGAUCGGGUUCUACAAGCGCUACUGUGACAUCUUCGGCAUCGGCUACGGGAAUAACCUCGACUGCUACAACCAAUUGUCGUUCAACAUCGGGCUCGCGGUGCAGUGAGAUCAUAAGAUUGGGUCCUCGGUUUAUGCAUGUGCGUGUGUGGAUGUGAUGAUCACCCACAAAUAAAUAAUCUUGGUAAGUAUUUUAUGACCAAAUAAAUGGAUGUCCAGACCUUCCAGACAUCUGUAAUGGAGUAUAUAGUACAUGUAUGUCGAUGCACGGACAGGAAAGGAAGUGUCGCCACCUUUUAUUAUAAACAUAUUCUCGUUUAUGCAGAGACGACUGCAAAAA